GCCACACCCAAAGCAGAAGUGAAAAAGAGAGUCUGUCGUGCUCGUCCUCAUUCGAGCAGGAUGUUCACGUACAAGGUUUCCAUCACCACUGGCGAACAGGAGUAUGCUGGGACAGUUAAUAAAAUUCACCUGACCCUGGUGGGCACGGAGAGAUGCGGUGACAGAACUCUACUGGACAAAUCCUUCUUCAAACGUUUUGGAAAAGGAUCGGUGGUAUCUGUUGACAUCAAAGCGAAGGAGCUCCUUGGAGACAUAGUGCUGGUGAAAGUCGAGAAGGAGAAAAUCUUGAUAGAUGAUUACUGGUACUGCAGAAGCAUCAGUGUGACGACCCCCUCUGGAGACUGCUUUGAGUUUCCUUGUUAUCGCUGGAUAGCCAGUGAAAAGGAAGUGAUCAUUCGGGAUGGCAAAGAUCAAUUGCCUCAAGAUGAUAAUCUGAAAGAGUACAGACGCAUGGAACUGGAAUCCAGACAAUUACUGUUCAGGUGGAAGGAGUGGCGUUCUGGUUUCCCCCUGAGCAUUGAUGCCAACUCAGACACUGAACUUCCUCUGGACAUUCAGUUUGAAGCUGCAAAAUCUGUGGACUUCUCUUUGAAUUUCAUUAAAGCGAUUGGGAAUCUCGGUCUUAAUGAAUUUCUGAAACUGUUCCAGUCCUCAUGGAAAGAUAUUGCAGAUUUUGGAAAAAUAUUUGUGAAAAUCAAGAACACUGUGUCAGAGUAUGUGAUGAAGAACUGGAAUGAGGACUUCUUGUUUGGCUAUCAGUUUUUAAAUGGCUGCAAUCCUGUGAUGAUCAGUAAAUGCUGGAAUCUUCCAAAUGAGUUUGCAGUUACUCAGGAGAUGGUGAAGGGCUCCCUGGAUAGAGGUCUCACACUGCAAGAGGAAUUAAAGGGAGGAAACAUCUACAUAGCAGACUAUGCAAUACUCAAGGGAGUUCACGCCAAUACCACAGACCCACAUACCAAGCAGUAUUUGGCUGCUCCCUUCUGCCUGCUGUACAAGAACAGCCAGAAUGAAAUCGUACCAAUUGCUAUUCAGCUCAGUCGUCAGACCACCGCGGGAGCGGGAAACACAGUCUUUCUCCCAAGCGAUAAUGAGUAUGACUGGAUGCUAGCCAAGAUGUGGGUGAAAUCCUCCGACUUCAAUGUUCACCAGCUGGUCACACACCUUCUCAGGACACAUCUGAUAUCUGAGGUCUUUGCCAUAGCCAUGUACAGACAGCUCGCUGCAGUCCACCCCAUAUACAAGUUGCUGAUACCUCAUGUCCGUUACACCAUUGCCAUUAACACUGCAGCUCGUGAAAAACUCAUCUGUGAAUCUGGGCUCUUUGAUAAGGCUAAUGGCACAGGUGGAAUUGCAAUUGUCGAAGUGGUUCAAAAGGCCAUGAGGACUUUAACCUACAAGUCUCUGUGCUUCCCUGAGGCCAUGAAAGCUCGAGGAGUGGACAACAAGGAAGAUUUACCCAACUAUUACUACAGAGAUGAUGGCAUGAUGGUUUGGGAGGCAAUCAAAAGCUUUGUUUCUGAUGUGGUCAGGUUCUACUACAGCAGUGAUAAGACAGUUCAGGAGGACGAGGAGAUCCAGGCAUUUGUUCAAGAUGUUUGUUUCUCUGGUAUGAAGAACAGUCCCAAGGAUUGUGCAUUUCCUAAUUGUCUGAAAACUCGGGAGCAGUUGGUCGAGUACUUGACUGUUGUGAUCUUCACAGCUUCUGCUCAACAUGCUGCUGUCAACUUUGGACAGUAUGACUGGUUUGCCUGGGUCCCCAACUGUCCGUCCACCAUGAGGAAGCCUCCUCCCACACAGAAAGGCCAGGUGGAUAUGAAGUACAUCAUGGAGAGUCUGCCGGACCGCACACGUUCCAGUUGGCAUCUAGGAGCAGUUUGGGCCCUCAGUCAGUUCCAGGAUGAAGAGGUACUUUUAGGAGUGUAUCCAAAUAAGCACUUCACUGAAAAAUCAGUCACAGAAGCCACUAAGAGUUUCCGCAAGAAAUUAGUUGAAGUGACCAACAUCAUCAAGAGGCGAAAUGAAAAAUUGAAAGUGCCCUACUGGUAUCUGUCUCCAGACAGAAUCCCUAACAGUGUGGCCAUCUGAGAGAGCAUCUGUGGGAAACAUUUCCACACCACAGUUGAUUUGAUGAAAUCUGAGCUUUGAAAUAUAUGCAACUAAGAUUAUUCAGUAAAUCAGCUCUGCCCAUUUUUACUAUCAAUCACUUUAUGUCCUGCUUUAUGCUCUUGGCCUUCUCAGGCUAAUAAUGUAUAAGUCUGAUAAUAUACCUUCGAUUACCAGACAAGCUUUGCUGUCAAUAGGUUGUAGUUGUUUUGGAUACCAGACAAAACGUCUCAGGUUAAGUAUGUAAGGAUGGUUCCCUGAGAAGAGAACGAGUGACUGUGUCCUCUAGAGGUCGCUGUACAGUGAACUCCUUCAGCAUGAACAGUGUCUGACGCAUAUACUGAUGUACAUUAUAUGACAUUAUCUCCUUUAGCCAAAGGCCUGAGCUACGUAUAUGGCACUUAUAAUAUGACAAAACAAACUGAAUUUGUUUUAUAGACAUAUAUUUUGAAACAGCAUUUUAUUUCAUAUACACUUUUUUAAAAUACAGCUUGAAUACGAAGAGGAAAUUCAGAGCAUCAAAUUCAAUAUUCAAAAAUUCAGCACGCAGAAAUUUCAAAAAGAUCUCAGAAAAGUCAAAUGGAGCAUUUUGACCAGUUAGCUAUUUUCUGACACGAGAUCUGGGCUAGAUCUAGAGAUUUUAGGCAGAUCUAGGCAAUCCAUUUCCUGUUGGCAAUUUCACAUUCAUUGUAGAUAAUAUUGAUUAGAAUAAAUAGGUUCUUCUGUCUUCUGUCAUUGUUAUUGAAUCCUUGCUGCUGUUUUGUCUUUCGAGCAAAGGCAUUGUUAAUAAACAUUAUUACACCAUAUAUUGGGGACUGAGGGUUUUCGAAUCUCCCUUCGAAUAGUCGACUUAUAAUAAAAUCGUAUGUUUGAGGGCGGGGCAAAAGAACAUUUUUGAUCAGAAUGUGUCUCCAGCAUGAGGUGUUUCAAACUCUUCUAAUCAUUUUGGAAUACUUAGGAAAACCCUGAAACAUUUAAAAACAACCUGUAUUUACAAUCGUCCCGUGUGACAGAAGCAGAUCCACCCAAAACAAUAAUGCUGUUUAAUCACUAGAAGGCAGAACAAGAUAAGGGAUGACAAAAUGUACAAAGCAGUCAUUUUGCCAUGAGUCUAAAGUAUCACAGAAGCUAAUUUUAGACCAUCUUCCUCGUUCUUACAAUGAUCCAAUUCAGAUCCUUCAUCACCAUCAUAAAUCUCCUUCAUCUUUAACAUCACCACCAAUAAAUCAUCAACAUGGACCACACCACCCUCACCGAACCUGGAACUGCCUUCAUCUUCACAAAAUCUUGCACCAUCAUCAUCAUCUACACCACCUCAAACCUCUCCAUCUUCAUCUUCAGUUUUGAGUAAUUUGGCUGUAUCCUACAUUGUAGAAUGAAAAAUGAGAUUACAGUGUUCUAAUAAACUUUAAAAAACAAAAUGUACCAAAUCAGUUAACUUCUUCUGACACUAUGGAAAGUCCUAAAUCGCAACAAAAUAAAAACGUCUUAAACCUUUC